AGUAAAAUGAUCGAUACACAGUCAAAAACACUGAUCUGCUGGAUUUGUCUUCAAGUGACAUUUGCCUCUGUUUUGUCUGAUGGGUGGAAGGCACAAGUUGAAACUCCAAUGGAGGCACUUGUCUCAUCUUGUGUUGUGUUGCCCUGUAAGUUUAGUCACCCUGGCAAUCAACUUCCUGACUCUCGGUUAAAGGGAAUCUGGCACAAACAACCAGACAAAGAACAUCGCAUCUAUGAUGAAGACUCUUCCUUGAUUCAAGAUAGCUUUAAGGGUCGAACAAAGCUAAUUGGCCGAUUGAGUGAGAAAAACUGUUCAUUGGAGAUAAACAAUGUAAGAGACACUGAAAACGGCCCAUUCUGUUUCAGAGCUGAAAUACCGAAUGGUAAAUUCUCUUUUGUAGAGAAGUGUGUGACCAUCAACAUGAAGCCUGAACCUGAUAAACCACGUUUGGAUAAAGAAGAAUCCCUUGUGGAGGGAACAGCUGCCAUCUUUAAGUGUUCUGUCAAACACACUUGUCCCACUCACCACCCAACUAUUGAAUGGAGUCAUAAAGGUGAUAAAACCAUUUUGUUCUAUAAGGACCAGGGCCAUGGAGUUUGGGAAGUAGAGUCACUCCUGACCUUCACUGCCACAAAGAAGGAUGAUCACACAAGCAUCACUUGUACUGUCACUUUCCAUGGCAACAUAAAAUCUACAGUCACGAGCAAGAUAUUCAUUGAAUAUAAGGAAGACUACUUUUACAUCAUUAUUUCUGUGGCUGUUAUACUUGGGACCUUCAUUUUAAUUGGAAUAAUAUGUUGCUUUGUAACAAAAAAAUACAAGAAAAAAAUAGAAGAGCUUGAGUCUAGAAAUCCAAAUCGGGUAUUGAGUCAUCUCGCCAGAAUGUCUCAAAGGUAA